AUGGAAGAAAGCAAAGGAAGAGUGUGUGUUACUGGUGGUACAGGUUUUAUUGGUUCAUGGAUUAUCAAGACCCUCCUUGAAAAUGGUUACUAUGUAAACACCACUGUGAGACCCAAUUCAGCAGAAUACAGGAAAGAUGUUAGCUUUCUUACUAACUUACCUGGAGCAUCCGAAAGGCUACAAAUUCUGAGUGCUGAUCUCAGCUAUCCAGAAAGCUUCAGUGCAGCCAUUGCAGGGUGUAUUGGAGUUUUCCAUGUUGCUACCCCAGUUGACUUUGAAUUAAGGGAAUCAGAAGAAGUAGUGACCAAAAGAUCCAUUGAUGGUGCACUAGGUAUUUUGAAGGCAUGCAUUGAUUCCAAGACUGUGAAAAGAGUUGUUUACACCUCUAGUGCCUCGGCUGUGAGUUCCAAUGGCAAAGAAGAUAUGAUGGAUGAAUGCUAUUGGAGUGACGUGGACUAUCUUAGAGCUUCAAAGCCAUUUGGUUGGUCUUAUGCAGUUUCAAAGACAUUGACGGAGAAGGCAGUGCUUGAAUUUGGAGAACAAAAUGGAUUGGACGUUGUGACUCUAAUUCCAACUUUUGUUUUUGGACCCUUCAUUUGCCCAAAGCUUCCUAGCUCAGUCGAAGCUACAUUGAAUUUUGCAUUUGGCAAGAAAGGACCAUUUGGUUUGGUACUUCAGACUCCAAUUGUGCAUGUGCAUGAUGUGGCUAGAGCACAUAUAUUUCUGCUGGAACAUUCUAAUGCAAAAGGGAGGUAUAAUUGUUCAAAAUGUUUGGUGACUCAUGAAAGGAUCUCUGAACUUGUUUCUGUAAAAUACCCAGAAUUCCAGCCAGAGGCAAUAGACCGGUUCAAGAAAAUAGAAGGCAUAAAGAGACCAGAUUUAUCAUCAAAGAAACUCAUAGAUGCUGGAUUUGUGUUCAAGUAUGGAAUUGAGGAGAUGAUUGAUGAUGCAAUCCAAUGCUGCAAGGAAAAAGGGUUACCUAUUAAGUAA